ACUCCCUAACAGACAAUUGGAUAUAGACCGUUGAGUUAAGCCCUUCCAACGACCAUAACUUUACGUGGCGGGGAAGCCUGUGCCUGAGAAUUCAGAAACCUCACCGCCACUCCUGAUGUUUCAUGCACCUUCUUCCGUUCAACCUCAUCCGUAUUCAAUUCCUUUUUGUGCAAAAAACUCAAUCUUUCUCCUACUUAAGCCAUCUUACUGCCGCCACUUUUAUCAUCACUAUGAACAUCACUUCCACUUCCACUCCCAAUAUCCAUCCUCCUGAGCUUCCUUUCUUUCCAAUUGAACCCUCUCAACCUCGGAAAUUUCGCAUUCACAGACGCCGAAGGCUUAAAUCCAACUGGAGACUUGCCGUCAGGAAUCAUUCGGGCUCUUUGAUACCGGCGCCAUUCCAUAAUUUAUUCCACAGCUUAAUCACCCAGUGUCCUUCUGUCCAUACCUUGGAUUUGUUCGCUCCAGCGCUUGGUUUCGCUUCUGGGGUCGCUCUAUUUUGGUCGCGAUUCAAAUCACACAAGAAUUCUUCGGUUUUGGAUAUCGGGGAAUGGAUCUUGUUCACUAGUCCGACGCCUUUUAACCGUUUUGUCUUGCUGCGAUGCCCGUCGAUAUCGUUUCGAGGAAGUAAGUUCUUGGAGGAUGUGAACGAGAAGCUCGUGAAGGAGGAAAGGCAUUAUGUGAUGGUUAACGGUGGCAAGAUUCAAUUGAGGAGCCACGAUGAUGAAAAGACCGUUUUGGAGGAUGGUAACUUGACUUAUCAAAGAGUAUGCGUCACCACCGAAGAUGGAGGUGUUAUUUCGUUGGAUUGGCCGGCCAAUUUGGCCUUGGAAGAGGAGCGUGGCUUGGAUUCUACUUUGUUGCUAGUUCCUGGCACGCCUGAAGGGAGCAUGGACAGAAACAUUAAGUCAGUAGUACUUGAAGCUCUCAAGAGGGGUUUUUUCCCUGUUGUGAUGAAUCCAAGAGGAUCUGCUGGUUCACCUCUCACUACUGCCCGGUUAUUUACAGCUGGUGACAGUGAUGAUAUCUGCACAGCUAUCAAGUAUAUUAAUGCAGCAAGACCAUGGACGACAUUGAUGGGUGUUGGAUGGGGAUAUGGUGCAAAUAUGUUGACGAAAUACUUGGCAGAGGUUGGGGAGAGAACACCAUUGACAGCUGCAACAUGCAUCGACAAUCCUUUUGAUUUAGAGGAAGCUACAAAGUCCACACCUUAUCACAUUGCCACUGAUCAGAAACUCACUGGAGGACUGAUAGAUAUUCUGCGAACCAACAAGGAACUGUUCCAAGGCAAAACAAAAGGUUUUGAUGUGGAAAAUGCUUUAUUGGCAAAGACUGUUCGUGAUUUUGAGAAAGCAAUAUCUAUGGUAUCUCAUGGAUUUGGGGCUAUUAAAGAUUUUUAUUCAAAAUCUGGCACGAGAAAUGUGAUUGGAAAAAUCAAAAUUCCUGUUCUAUUUAUACAGAGUGAUGAUGGGACAGUCCCAGUUUUUUCAAUUCCACGCAAUAAGAUUGCUGAAAAUCCAUUCACUAGCCUGCUCCUUUGUUCUUGUUUACCAUCUAGUGUUACUGGAAAUGACAGGUCUGCUAUAUAUUGGUGCCAGCUUUUAACGAUGGAGGGGUAUUCUUAUACACGGUAUUUGCAGUGGCUUACUGCUGUGGAGAUUGGACUCUUAAAGGGCCGCCAUCCUCUUCUGACAGAUAUAGAUGUUACCAUAAAUCCAUCAAAAGGAUUAUCUGUUGCAGAGGAUAUAAAAUCAGAUAAGAAAACUAAAGGGAGUAGAUUUUUGGACCUUUCCCGGUCAGAUGUAUAUAAUGGAUACACAAUUGGCCCUGGAGAGGGUAUGCUUGAAGGAAGUAGCACUGAUGCUAGCUCGCACUUUAGGUACCAACAAGGUUUAGAAGGGAACCUUGAGCUUGGGGAUAUGAGUUUGCAAGGAGAUAAUGGUCCAUUACAGCCAAUUACCUCCCCUGUUGGAGUUGUGGUUGAAGAGAAGAAUAUUGGUUCAACAGAUAGUGAACGAGGUCAAGUUCUACAGACAGCAAAAUUGGUGAUGAACAUGCUUGAUGUUACCGUGCCUGGCACCUUAACAGAAGAGAAGAAGAAUAAGGUCUUGACUGCCAUGGAUCGAGGAGAGACACUUAUAAAAGCUUUACAAGAUGCUGUGCCAGAAGAUGUUCGUGGUAAGCUUACAGCUGCUGUGACAGGUAUUUUGAAAGCACAGGGCACUGACUUGAAGUUUGAUAGGGUUAUUAGCAUUCCUCUGGCUCCUGAUUCACUAUCAGUGAAAAAGAGCCAAUCCUCUUUGAAUCAGAUGAAUGGUACUGUUAGUUCUGUCGAUAACCAUGCUGGUGCUUUAAGUGGCAUGGGUGAGCCCGCUGGAGGAACAGAGUUAGAGGUUCAUCCCUCACAAAAGCCUCAAAAUUCUACUAAUCUAACUCAAUCUCAAGACCCAAACAAUGAAAUUGGUUCUUCUGGUUGUUUCGCGAAGGAAACCAGCGGGUCCAGAAGCAAUAUUGAUAACAAGGAGCAAUUAGAUGAAGCAGUUGCUUCAGAGAUUGAACUCAGCAAAAAAGAAUUGGAGUCAGAUUCUAAGUCACAUUCUACCAGCCAAAAUGAAGAGGUGGCGGCAGCUGGUGAUGAGCAAAAAAGCCUAAACAGUAGAUCAGCUCAAACUCAAAUAAACACAGAGGAGGAAAAUAAUACCCAGAAGGUGCAGCAGAAAACUCCAGAUUGCUCUAGUGGUCAAAGUAAAAUGACAUCAAAUAAUGCAAAAGAAGAAUCUCAUUUAUCUCCUGUAUCCUCUGAGCCACAAACUACUGAAAAGGAAAGUAAUAACAUUGAGAAGAAAGAGAACAAUAAUUUGCAGAAUGUUACAGAUCAAACUAACUCUUCGAGUUCUGAUUCUAGUGCCACUUCCUUCAGCGUUUCCCAAGCAUUGGAUGCCUUGACAGGGAUAGAUGAUUCCACCCAAGUGGCUGUUAAUAGUGUUUUUGGUGUGAUAGAAAAUAUGAUAUCUCAGCUUGAGGAGAGUUCAGACAACAAAGAAGCCAAGGAUGGAAAAGAUGGUGAUCAUGAGUUUCAAGGAACACAAAAAUGCGAUAGCCAAAUCUUGGAAUCCGGCACAUCAGGUGAUCCUUCUGUACAUGAUCACCAUGAUGGCAUUUACUCACAGAAUGAUACCUUUAUGGAGGAACAACUAACUAAAAGCCUCAGCACAGGUAGUGAGAGUAGUGUUUUCAUCCCUCAAAAAAGCAACUCUGAUGACCAUGUAGCUCAGAAGAGUAGUCAAUGGCAUGAUAAAAGAGUUCUUUUUGAUAACUGUGAUGGACAUGGAGAAGUAAACAGGAUGCCACAAUACAUAGCUGCAAAUUCAUACAAGGAUCCUCUUUACAGUCAAUAUCUUAUCACAAACACUCCCACCAAAUCACUUGAUUUAGACAUGACUACUGCAUUGCUACUUGACUAUUUCCCAGAAGAAGGUCAAUGGAAGCUCUUGGAACAACCACAAAAUACAGAAAUCUCUUCUGUUAAUGAUGAGGAUGCGGGCUACAAGAGGAAUGCUCACGCAUCUGCAAAAUCUUCCGAUACAGAGCAAUGUAUUGAACCAUCAUAUGUAAUAUUACUUUCAGAAAAUCAACAAGAACCCAUAAGAGAGUUUGCCAUAGAAGAAAACAUGAACGAAAAAAUUGAUACGAGUUGUGACAGAUCAGAGGAAUUGAUUCUAAUUGUGAGAAAGACCUUAUUAAACUCUUUGAAAAUGGAAGUUAAUCGCAAGCUGAAUUCAGAAGAAAUGAAAGAAAUGAAACAGAAGCUUGUUGGGGACCUCGAACAUGUGGCAGACGCCAUAUCACAAACUGUUAGAUUUAGUCAGGUCCAAUUACCACAUCCAGAAACUCAAUUACAUAAUAUUGAGGGUGCUGAUGCAAAAGUUGGUACCCUGGAUGGGGAGCACAUUAUUCAGGUAAUAUCAUCUGCUGUUCAGGAGACAAGCUACUUGAGAGGAGUGAUGCCUGUUGGUGUUAUUGUAGGAACUAGCUUAGCUGCAUUGAGGCAAUAUUUUCAUGUAGCUACAGCUCAAGAUAGUGGCGAGAGAGGAUCUCUGAUUGAUCAUGAUGGUGGAAAACCUUGUAGAAGCAACUAUGACAAUGUUAGUGAAACAGAGAUAGCUCGAGAACAUGAAGAGAAACCUAGUUUGGAUCAUUCUGUGAAGAGAGAUGGGGUAAAAAGUGAAGCAGAAGAUCUAAACAAAAGUUCCAUCAUGGUUGGUGCAGUUACGGCUGCUCUUGGGGCUUCCGCUUUACUUAUGCAAGAGCAGGAUCCAUGCAGAGGUAAUGAAACUGCUGAAAGGUCAUCCUCAUCAUCGAAAAUGAAAUAUAGUCAUCAUAAAAAGUCUGACAAGCUUGACGAGGCAGUCUCUGAGAAAAACCAUAAUAGUAUAGUCACAAGCCUUGCUGAGAAAGCUAUGUCAGUUGCUGGUCCAGUUGUACCUACUAAAGAUGAUGGUGAAGUGGAUCAAGAAAGACUGGUUGCGAUGCUGGCUGAUUUAGGACAAAAGGGUGGCUUGCUGAGGCUAGUUGGCAAACUUGCUUUGCUAUGGGGUGGUAUACGUGGUGCUAUGAGUUUGACAGACCGGCUUAUCUCAUUCUUGCGUAUUGCUGAUCGUCCCUUAUUACAAAGGAUUUGCGCAUUUGUUGGAAUGGUCCUUGUUCUAUGGUCCCCUGUUGCCAUUCCAUUGCUUCCGACUUUGGUUCAAAGCUGGACAACAAAUAGUCCUUCCAGAAUUGCUGAGCUUUCUUGCAUUAUUGGACUCUACACUGCUACAACAAUACUUGUUGUGUUAUGGGGAAAAAGAAUCCGUGGGUAUGAAAAUGCACUACAGCAAUAUGGGCUGGACUUGAGAUCACCGAGAAAGCUAUUUGAUUUUUUGAAGGGCUUGAUUGGUGGGGUCCUCAUUGUUUCUUUAAUUCAUGGUACAAACGCAUUACUUGGUUAUGCAAUUUUCUCUUGGCCUCCCAUUCCACCUUCUUUGGAUAUCAUGACUUGGCUCAAAGUGCAAGGACAUAUAGUUGUGCUGGUUGUUCAAGGGGUUGUAAUGGCAGUGGCAACUGCACUUGUGGAAGAAUUACUUUUCAGGUCCUGGCUGCCCCUAGAAAUUGCUGUUGAUCUUGGAUAUCAUCGUGGAAUUAUCAUAUCUGGGAUUGCCUUUUCUUUAUUUCAGAGGUCUCCACAAGCAAUACUAGGACUUUGGCUUUUAUCGCUGUCUCUGUCGGGCACCCGACAGAGACAUGGAGGUAGUCUCUUGAUCCCAAUUGGGCUACGCACGGGGAUGAUGGCGUCCAAUUUUAUCUUGCAAAAGGGCAAAUUUUUAAGCUAUGGGAGCAACUUCCCUGUUUGGUUAAUUGGGACUCAUCCAUUCCAGCCAUUCAGUGGGAUCGUUGGUUUGUUAUUUUCGCUAUCAUUGACGAUGCUUCUCUACCCCACACAGGCCUUACAGAAAAGAGAAGUGAGGGACUAAUAAGUGGAAAAUCUAUUGGUCGAUGGGGUUCUGUUCUGAUACCCUCUGCCCCACUAACAUUCCGAGUGUUUUCUCUGCUGUGAAUUCAACAUUGGAGGAUGGAAGAGAGGAGGGACAAUGGAGACUGGGGGGAAUCGUGUCAUACAAAGCCUGCGGCACCUGUCAUAUUUUUACGAUCGAAGAAUGGAGACAUGAUUUAGAAAAUACGAGAUUAUUAUUAUUAUUAUUAUUAUUAUUAUUAUUAUUAUUAUUAUUAUUAUUAUUUUGGUAUAUACAAGGCAAUAGGCCUUUAGAGGGUUCUCUUUUGGCCAAAGCAUAGAGUACAGGGUUUACUCGUCAGGUUUUUCUAGUUAUAUCAUCAUACACGUGAGAUCCUGCGGGAUCUUAAAUGUGUACAUUUUUGUUAAGGUACAUGUACAUUGUGAACUCUCCAGUAACAAGUUACUUCAAUAUCUAUGGACGAGCGAGAAUUCGUCCCCUCUGCUAAACGAACUUCGCUCUUCUCGUUCAA